AAAUGGUAAUGGUGUUUGGGAAAGUAUUCAUUCUUUCGACAGUCCUUUUUACCGGCACCGCCCCACGCAGCUUCAUGACCUUUCCAAUUCAACUCUGAUAUCCCCCCAGCUGUAAAGAAAGUUUCAAUCUUGCACAUCAUUUUGGGUCUUCAACAAUCUUGAUCCUCUUUUAAUCUUACCCUUUUAAGUGAGUUCAUACUAAGUUGAAAUGGGUGCUGAAUUGUUCAAAAAGUAUGUUAGCAGUUCGAUCAUAGUUUGCUUCAGAUCAGUUGUUAGACAUCCGGUUCUUGUGGGUAUGAUUGUUUUUGUGUUUUCCAUGUACCGAUUGUUUCCUGUGUUGUUUUCGGUUUUGGUGUCUGCUUCUCCUGUUAUUGUGUCCACUUUUGUUCUGCUUGGAACUCUGUUGAGUUUUGGUCAGCCUAACAUACCCGAAAUCGAAAAGGAACCUGAAUCGGAGCGGGUUGAGAUUCGGAAGUUGGAAAGUAAGGUUGUGGGUCAUACUGAAGUUGUUGGGAGAGAUGCAAACUCAAGUUUUGAUUUUGAGGCGACUAAUGGGAGUCGAAUUGAGGUUGAAGAUGAUAAAGUUAAUGAUGGUGAUAGACUUGGUUUGUUGGAAUUAGGGGAAGUGAAGAGUGAAGGGGGUGAAGAGAAGGUAGUUUUGGGAAGUCGGUAUACUCCACUUCGCCAGUCGGAGGAUGAACAUGAACAUGAACAUGAACAUGAACAUGAACAUGAACAUAUUGUGUUGGAAAGUGAUAAGUUAUGGGAGGGUUCGCCAGAUCCGUUGAAUUCUAAUUCGGGUUUGUUGUGGAAAGGUGUGGAAGGGAGUGGUGGUGGUGGUGAUGAAGAUGAUGAUGGGGACGAUGAUGACGAUGACGAUGAUGGUGAUGGAUCAGAGUCGGGAGACUCGGGGUCUGAUGCUGCGGAAAGUUCUUCACCAGAUGCGUCAAUGGCUGACAUUAUUCCGAUGCUGGAUGAGCUUCAUCCGCUUCUUUCUGAAGAACAAGAAAGUCAUCAACCGUCACACGUGUCACGUGAUGGCACGGAUGCGGCUUCUGAACAUUCACUUGAAUCAAGCGAUACCAGUAGUGAGUCUAACGAUGAUACUGGUAUCGAGAACCGUGUAAAUUUGAAAAUUGGAGAUGAUGAAGAUAAAGAAUCGGAACAUGUUGACAAAGAAGAUGACGCCAGAUCGGCCAUUACAUGGACGGAAGAUGAUCAAAAGAAUUUGAUGAAUUUGGGAACAUUGGAAUUGGAAAGAAACCGGCAUUUGGAGGAUCUUAUUGCAAGACGAAGAGCACGCGAUGAUACUGGUAUUGAGAACCGUGAUAUAAAAAUUGAAGAUGAUGAAGAGGACGAUAAAGAAUCAGAACACGUUGACAAAGAAGAUGACACCACAUCCGCCAUUGCGUGGACGGAAGAUGAUCAAAAGAAUCUGAUGAAUUUGGGAACAUCGGAAUUGGAAAGAAACCGGCAUUUGGAGAAUCUCAUUGCUAGACGAAGAGCACGUGAUGAUACUCUUGGAGAUGAUGAAGAUGACGAAAAAGAAUCAGAACACGUUGACAAAGAAGACGACACCACAUCCGCGAUUACAUGGACGGAAGAUGAUCAAAAGAAUCUCAUGAAUUUGGGAACAUCGGAAAUAGAAAGAAACAGGCGUUUGGAGAACCUUAUUGCAAGACGAAGAGCACGAAAAACUAUGAGAAUGCAAGCAGAAAAUUACCGAAUAGAUUUAGAAAGUGCCGAUCUUCCAUGGAACAUUCCUCCGAUUUCAACUUCAAGAAACAACCCUUUCGAUUACGACGCAAAUGAUAACAUCCCGGGGUCCGCUCCAUCUGUUUUAUUGCAAAGAAGAAACCCGUUUGAUCUUCCGUAUGAUUCAAGUGAAGAGAAACCCGAUCUAGUCGGGGACACUUUCCAACAAGAAUUUGCAGUUUUUCAACCAAAAGAGCCGUUUUUUCGUAGGCAUGAAAGUUUCAAUGUGGGUCCCUCGAUUUUCGGGGCUUCGAGAAGCGAGAGGCAGGAAACUAAACUAAAACCGUACUUUGUUCCUGAACGAAGCUUUUCAACAUUUCAAAGACAGUUUAGCGGACUUAGCGACUCUAAGGCCAGCUCUGUACCUGAUACAGAGUCUGUUUCUUCUGAUCUCGAUAAUAAAGAUCGCACCGAAGAAGAUGAACAUUCGCUAGAAGCAGAACAUGAACAUGUUAGUCACAGAAGACCGUACUUUGUACCUGAACAUGUUGCUUCUGAUGAAACCGGCCUUUCUUCUUUUCAACGACAAUCAAGUGAAGUUAGUGAAUCGAAAGCGACAGAAUCUGUUUCUUCUGAAAAUAAAGAUGACAAUGAAGAAGAUGAGCAUUCUCUAGAAGCGGAACAUGCUUCGGAACUAGAGGAGCAUGUAUCUGAUCACGUUAGUCAUGCAAGACCAUACUUUGUACCUGAACAUGUUGCCGCUGAUGAAACCGGCUUUGUGUCUUUUCAACGACAAUUAAGCGAGGUUAGUGAGUCAAAAGUGAGUUCGGAAUCUGAUUCAGAAUCCGUUUCUUCAGCUGGUGAUCGUGAAAAUAAAGACCAUAUUGACCUUUCUCAAGAACCGGAUCUGAUUUCUUUUGAAGAUCACGAACAUCCUUCUGGGAUAAUCGAGCAUGUUAGUCCGGUAAGCGAGUCUUUCGAAGAGGAUGGAAAUGUGGACCCCAGCAGACCCGAUGAGGCUGAAAUAAGUGUUGAAAGUGCGACAAAUCUAUUGCAUAGCAGUGGGUCAAGUUUGUCAUCAUCAGAUGAAGCGAGUGAGCAAAUAUAUAAUUUGAAAGAAGGUAAUGAAGUGGCAACGAGAUCGGUUUCAGAAAGUGUGACAGUGACAGAUCAGCAAGAAUUGCACAGCAGUGGAUCAAGUUUGUCAUCGUCAGAUGAAGCGAGUGAGCAAAUUUAUAACGACAAAGAAGGUGACGAAGUGGCAGCGGGAUCGGUUUCAGAAACAGAUUAUUUUCUGGAUCGUGAUAGCUCGAUAGAAAGGUCUGAGACCGAUGUCACGAGUUUAGUGGUGGACGAGAGUCAGCCAAACGAACCUGUGUAUGAUUUAAGUCCUCGAUCUGUUACGAGGAACCUUUCAUCUUCUUCAAUCUUAAUGGAUUUGCAUAAAGAUGAAAGCGUUCAGCACAAUGAUGACCAUAAUCAGUCGUCGAGUUCUGCUUCAGAUGCUCAAAAUCAGGGUUCGGCUGUACCAGAUUAUGAAGAACAUGUGUUGGCUGAUGAUAACGUUUCAACAUCCCUACAAGAUAAGCCCGUUUUGGAGGCAGAUGAAGAAUCUUUGUUGGAUAGAUCGAACGACAAAUCAUUGACAGAGGAUCCUGAAGAACUACAGGCUCGUGAUCUUGAACAUGGUGAAGUCGCUUUACCAAGCUCUGAAGCACAGAUCACUGAGGUUGUCCAUGGAGAGGAUAUAUCACAGCAACAAGAAGAGCUCCCGUUGUUAGACACGUUUGUGAAUGAACCAUCAGAAGAUAACACCCAAGUAUUGCAGGUGCAAAUCACUAGCAACAACCCGGACAAUUUGCACAUACAAGAGCUUGAUGUGAUUGAAGUUGCCGAUAUUGAAACUAAAGCACAUGAAAUUCCUGCGUACGCAAGUGACACAUAUAGCAUCGAAAGUAACAUUGAUGAUGUAGAUGAGAUUAAAGAAUUUGAUGAAGAUUUACUGGUGGAACUGGAUGCUGUUGGCGAUUUCAGUGUCAGAGAUUUUGGAUCAACUUUGAAUGAGAUGAAAGAUGACCCACAAACAUCAGAGCAUGUUCUUGAUAAUACGGGAAUUACAGAAGAAGAUUCUUGCAACAACGAUUUAGAAUCGAUGAAACAAGACCCACAUGUUUCAGAGCGUGAUCUUGAAACUAGCCAUUCUGUAGAUGAAGUUUCUUACUCCGGGGAUUUAGGAUCGGCUUUCGAUGAGAUGAAACAGGAAUAUGAUAUUGAAACUAAAUCUUCAGGAGAUGAGGAUUCGGAAUCCAAGGAUUUAGGAACCGCUUUGGAUGAGAGAAAACAGGACCCACGUGUUUCGGAUCAUGAUCAUGAAGAGAUGGAACAUGACCCGCAUGCAUCGGAUCGUGAUCUUGAAACUAAGCAUUCUGAAGAGGUGAAACAAGACCCUCGUGCAUCGGAUCGUGAUCUUGAAACUAAGCAUUCUGAAGAGAUGGAACAAGACUCACAUGCAUCGGAUCGUGAUCUUGAAACCAAGCAUUCUGAAGAGGUGGAACAUGACCCACAUGCAUCGGACCGUGAUCUUGAAACUAAGCAUUCCGAAGAGGUGAAACAAGACCCACAUGUAUCGGAUCGUGAUCUUGAAAUUAAACAUUCUGAAGAGGUGGAACGAGUCCAACAAGUCUCCGAUCAUGAUCUUGAACCUAAGCAUUCUGAAGAUGAUGAUUCUUACUCCAAGGAAGCAACUUUGAAUGAGAUGAAACAGGACCCACAUGACUCAAAUCAUGAUCUUGAAACUAAGCAUUCGGGAGAUGACGAUUCUUACUCCAAGGAUUUAGAAUCAACUUUGGAUGAGACGAAACAAGACCUGCAUGCUUUGGAUCACGAUCACGAAACUAAGCCUUCUGAAGACGGCGAUUCUUACUCCAAGGAUGCGACUUUGAACGAGAUGAAACAGGACCCACAUGACUCAAGUAAUGAUCUUGAAACGAUAGAUGAAGAUUCCUACUCCAAGGAUUUUGAUACCAAUUUUAGUGAGAUGAAAGAAGGCACACAUGCGUUGGAGCAUCGUCUUGAAACAUUCUAUUCUGUAGACGAGAACUUCUACGCCAAGCAUGUAGAAUCAGCCUUUAACGAGAUGAAACAUGACCUACAUGCCUCGGAUCAAGAUUCUGGUGAUACGAAAAUUAAAAUGGAUGCAGAAGUAGUGAAAUCCCAGAACGAGAAUGACAUCAGCAACACCAAGUUAGAAGGUGCUUUUCAAGCCGAAGCGGUUUUGCCCCAAGAGACCGAGUCAUCUACCACGGUUAACCAUGGAACAGAGAAUGCAUCAACAACAAGUAAUACAGAUAAAGAAUGAGGUUAUUUGAAGAUUAUGUGCUAAGCUAUUUUAUAUUGGUUUUGGGUUUUGCUCCUUCAGGCUUUAUGCAGUUGGGUUUGAAAUUAUGGAUUUUUUAAGUGAUUUUUUUGUGUUUUUUUUUGUUGGUGGUGUUAAAAAGGGGGUGGUUUGUGCUUUUUGAAGCAUAUGUGUGUCUCUUCAUUUUUGUUUGAAUUGUAAAGCCUUCCUGAUUAAGGUUAGGGCUGUUUGGGGAUUGAUGGACCGUUGGUGUGUCCGAGUCGAGUGUAAAGUUAUAUAGUUGAAAGAGUUAUAUAGUAUGGGUUGCCUAUUUUUUUUAUAUAAAACCAUGACAUUAUAGUUGA